AUGAGGCGUUCCAGAAGCGAAGCCCUUGUUUGCCUGCAUGCGGCGUUUCUACGUCAACAGCGGCGUUGCGACACGGAUGGGGGACAGCCGUAUCGUCGUCGCUCUUCGGACCCUCAAAGCAUUAGGGAGAGGGGGAAUUUUCAGAGGGAUAUGCGGUUUUCUAAGCAGCGCCCUCUUCCAACGGCGCCGUGGCUGCAGGACAAGAAGCGAACCUACAUGGAUGACGCUGAACGCUUGUAUGGCCGUAAGGAGACGUGGUGCAAGGUGAAGGAUGCGGCACUGCGUGAGAAGUUGGCGUCUUUGCUACAAGACUAUUUGAAGGACAUGAUUGACGCAACUAAGCUGGAGGUGCGUAACGCAAAGAAGUAUAUGCGGCUCUCCGACCAAAUGGAUGCCGAGUAUCGCAGUUGCGUGGCAGCGGCGACCUCUUCCUCUCCACACCUGCUCCGUUCGUGGGCACGGACGGUGUGCCGGAAGGAGGGAGAGGAAAGUCGUGUGCCGUCUGUGCCCUGCGGUGCUGAAGCAUGCGCUCCGUCAAGGGGAGAUGGUGUUACUGCCCCGCUUGCCGACGAGGAGGAUGGCGAUGCGACUAGAGAAGAAGAACAAAGCCAGGAGACGCGUCUGGCGCGGAGUAAGUUUUUGGAAUCGCGACGUCACCAAGGCGAGGAGGCCGUGCUGGAAAAUACACCUGCCACCAUGGAUCUUUUGAAGCAUGAGAAGCGGACCGCUCCUUAUUCCGCGUUUCCGUUUCUGCGCCAGCGGGCCAUGGAGAAGGAAGCCACCUUGGACCCGUCCUUGGUUGAUUGGACGGCGAAGUACUUCCCGGAGGAUGACGAUCACACUUUCUCGUCCCCACCAAAGCUGCACAGGGGUGCAGAGGAGGGGGGAACAAGCACGGCUUCUUCAAUCGCACCGGCGUCAGCGGGGAAUAAUGAUCCUUCCUAUCCCAAACCGAGUGCACGCCGUCGCUUGCAGCGCUCGCUAAGGUUGCACGAAGACAUGCAUCGGCCCACGUUUGAUGCAGAGGGGGUGUUUUACCGUGUUCGUCGACAGGGCAACGAGGAGGAUCGUGCGGCAAAACCGCGGGCUGUCCGCGGCUCCGACGAAACCGCUGGCCGAGGCAGUGAGGUGGUGAAGGUGCCGUGGGACACGGUGGUGAAGGCGAAUGAGCAGGGCUAUUCUGCGGAUAUCUUACGUGCCAAAGAGCGACUGCUACGGCUUUCAAGAGGCGAGGAUCCGGCGACCAUUCCGUGA